GUUUAGAUCAAUAAAUAUGGCAAAAUAACUUCCAAAUAGUUCAAGGGAUAGGAUGACCCUAAUCGAUCUACUCUUUGAUGAAUGCUAUUAAAAAUAGAAGACUUUACCUUAGAAUGUUCCGAAAAUCAAUAUGAAAUCAAAUUUGAAGAAAUCAGCACCAAUAAUAUAAUCUUUAGAAUACAAGAUUUAACCAAAAGAAUCAUCAAUAAAAUAAAAAGAUAAAGCAUCAAAUGUUUAUUCAAUAAAUGAAUUAAUAAUCUAAAAUCCACAAAAACAAUAAUGGGAGUAUCAAUAAGUAUAGAAUUCUCAAACUAAAUUACUGGAAUUAUUAAAACCUAUUAACUUUAAGAAAUAAAAGAAAAAGGAGAACUUUAGAUUGCAUAACAGCGAGAACUGUUCAAUAAAUUCUUAUAAACUACCAAAUGUGUCUUCAAGAUAUAUCAAUCAAAAUGUUAGUAAUAGUAAUUCAUAUAGAAUACAAGUAAGAUAAUCAGUUUAGGAUAUAAUUAAAUGUAAAAUAUGUUUUACAUAUAUUGAUUAUGAUAAUUAUAAAUUGAAUUGUAAACACAGUUAUCAUAAAGAUUGUUUAAGAGAAUAACUCUAAUAAUAAAUAAACUAAGGAUAAUACUAUUUAAACUGUAUUAGUUGCAAUGAAAGAAUAAAAAACAAUGUAUUAAGAAAUAUAUUAAAUAGAAGUAUUAUUGAAUUAUACUUCUUAAAUUAAAUUAAAUUCAUUGUUCAAAGAUAUCAUAACACAGUUAAAUUUGAGAAAUGCAAAAAAUGUUUCUUUUUUUGGAUUAGAACACCGCUUGCAAAUAAUUUGGAGUCCUAUUGUCAGAUUUGUGACUCAAAUAAUUGUUAAUGA